CAGUAUACUUAUCACAGGGUAUCUUGGUGGUGGUGUAGCGUGAGUUUCUUUACAUUGCUGUAUGUCUACACAAGGUGUGCACAGGCGUGUGUUUGCAUACGUUUUGAGCGACUGCACGGCCACGACAACCUGCUAGUAUCAGCCAAGUGGCCUACAGUGACGUCACACAUUGAGAAAUGGAAGUGUGUGCAAGUACAUAAUGUGCAUUAAGGUUCCCCGUCCACCCACACAUUCAGGCAUGCACACCUAUCCCCUACAUGUUUUGACAGUUUCGGGCACAUUUUUUGCAGUGCUGUGUUGUCCGGCUGUUAUCGCGUAUCGCCCUCGGCGUCGCCAGGUGCACGCUCGACACCGCUCGCACAGCCGCCACGAACACACACCCACUCGCUCAGCCACGCAGAAAAGAAAAGCAAGGCCGGCCAGUAGUCUCGACGUGCUCAUUGCACAGCUGGGGAGGCGGAACAGGUUCCAGUUCCUGAUGCUGGCGAUGUUGGCGACCAACUACAUUCCCUUAGUGUUCAACCAUGUCAUCAUGGCCUUCUAUGGCACCUCCCCCACUCACCUUUGUCACAUCACGUCUGCUGCUGCACCAGACAACGACACAAUGCAGGGUCACAACGACAGCAGAAACAUCACAUACAACAAUAUGACGGUGCUGGCGGAAACGCCGGUUGGCACGUGCAGCUCGCGCCUCUUUCUGGCGUCAGGCGACAACGUCACAGUCACGUGUCAACAUGGGCGAGACAGGUGGGAGUACAUGGCCAUGUACGGAGAACACACCAUAGUGUCAGAGUGGGAUCUGGUUUGUGAGCGAAAGUCCCUCGGGAGCUUGGCCACCACUAUCUACUUCUGCGGCGUCAUGCUGGGCGGCAUCCUGUUUGGUCACGUGGCUGACCACGUGGGCAGAUUGCCCGUGAUGCUGGGCACGCUGUACACCUCAGUGGCUGUGGGGGUGGGGCUGGCCUUUGUACCCACCUACCCAAUCUUCGCCGUCCUCCGAUUCGUGCAAGGAGUGCUGAUGCAGGGCCUGCAGACGUCCACCUACAUUGCUGCCAUGGAGAUGUUUGUUCCACGCCAGCGGCCAGCUGUGGGGGCGACCAUGGAAUGCACUUGGGGCGCCGCUGUCAUGGUGCUGCCCGGUCUGGCCCGCCUGCUGCGCAACUGGCGCCACCUUCAGCUGGUCAUCAGCGUGCCCAGCGCCCUCGUCGUCUUCUACAUCUGCGUGCUGCCGGAGUCCCUGCGCUGGCUGGUCCUCAAUGGCCGCCUCGACAAGGCCGAAGCGCUGGCCCGGCAUGUGGCCAAGGUCAACAAGAUCCCCUUCCCCAAAGACGUCUGGCAGUUGGUGGAGAGGGAGGCUGCCACAGCAGCGGCAUCCCCCCGAAGCAGGUACAACAUUUGGCACCUGGUGCGCACACCUCACCUACGUCGGCGUUCACUCGUCCUCUUCUACCUUUGGCUGUCCAUCUCGACAGGUUACUAUGGCCUGACAUUUCAAGUCACAUCGCUGCCUGGCAACAUGUACCUGAAUUUCUUCAUCGGAGGACUAGUGGAGUUCAUAGCUUAUGCUGCCUCUGUGUUAAUCAUGAACAGAUUCGGACGAAAGCGUCCCCUGUUGGUCUAUUUUUUCUCAGCUGCUGCGUGCUGCAUCAGUGCCUCUGCCAUUCCACGCAGGACAACAAGUAGUGGUGUCAAACUAGAGGAUGUGUCUACUGCCCUUGCUAUCACUGGUCGCUUCUUUACCGCUGGCCUCUUCUCUGUCAUCUUCGUGUACACAACUGAGUUGUACCCAACAGUCAUAAGAAACAUCGGAAUGGGAACAUGUACAUUCUGGGCACGCCUUGGCGGAGUCAUUGCCCCCCAGAUUAACCAGCUGGGGACUGGGUCAGAGGUCAAGGUGCCUGUCAUGUUCUUUGGCUGCAUGGUGCUUGUUGGUGGUGGACUGCUCCUUCUCCUACCUGACACUCACAAUCAACAGCUUCCAGACACUGUCCAGGAUGUUGAGAACAGCCACUACAAUGAAACCUUGCACAAACAGACCAGCAGUUCCAGAUUCAACGAACCAAGCAUGAGCUCAGAACCACAGGAGAGUGACAUGGACACACAUUCCAUUCAGCAAGAGAAUAUUACAACAAAACUGUAAUGCAUUUUCCAUUGACAUAAGAUGUUUAUAUUUUUCAACUCCUUGUGAUAUGGUAUGGUCCAGGAAAUGAAGAAGGACACACAUUAUAAUCAGCUAUGGCUUUUUUGUUCUCAUGAGUUUACAGCUGUGUACCUAACAGACAAAUAUGUUUUCAAGUGUGUCUUAUCUGUGCUCUAUACAUAAUCUUGGCCUUAAGCUAUAUCUUGAACAAACCAAUACAUCUGAGCUUAUACAUGUACGCAGACAAUUGCUCAUUAUGGUCAUCAUCAUGAAUUCACUCAAAAAUGCUUUAUAUCAGAAUAGAAAAUGAUAUUGUUUUACAAGAUUGGAUGUUUACUUCAUUCUUUUAUUAGGUUAGUAUGAAUCAUGUUUACCUUAUGCUAGACAUUUCUACUUACCAGUCCAUUCACAGAAAUGUUCUAUGUACACCAUGUAAUAAAAAAAGAGACAAUA